AGAAGAACCAACGCAGCAGAUGUGAAGAAAUAUGCAUGCGAUACAGUGUUGAGUUGACUCUCUGGCGGCCACGCGUGGCGUGGGCGUCCGCCUGCCACGCUCUCCUCUUUCCCUCCCGGUGCCAAAACCCCUCCCCUCCUCCCCGCUCGUCCCCCAGUCGUCCGCCGCCGCCGCCGCCAGCAGCCGCUCUCAAGCGGCGUCCAGGCGGCAAUGAAGGCUCACGCGUGUCCCCGCAGGCUGGCUGUCAGUCUCCGCCUCCGCUCCCGGUCGGGGGUAGCGGCCGCAGCACUGGCCGUGCUGCUCAUCCAGACUCUGCUGGUGUGGAACUUCACCAGCCUGGAUGGCUCGUCCGGCGGAGAGCGAAGCGGCCGCGAGAAGCGAGCCGUCGGCCGGGACAAAGCAGACUGGCAGCCGCCCAGGAGCGGGCUGUUGCGGAGGACCGAGUCGCCGCCGCAGCCUUCGCAGCCGCCGGAGCUGGGAAACGCUGUCGGAAGACACAAGCUCCGAGCCGACAUUUACCGCUCGCACCGGCCCAAAGAGAAGCGAUAUCUGUCCCCCGACAGCAACAACAACGAGAACUCGGUCCCCAAAGACUUGGAGCACGUGGACGGCGCCCACCUGGGAAAACCACGCCAGCGACCCGACGGCAAAACGCAAAACGUGCCGGCAAAAGCGGCCGAGCGAGCUGUCGCGCUCCCUCGGGCGGCAAUUGGUGGCUGGUCGUCGACAGUGCCGUCGAGCAUAGCCCCCUCGCCGGCAUCACUGACCAAGUGCGAGAUGGGCAGCAAAGAAGUCAUUUCGGCGCUGUCGCGGGCCAAAAGUCGUGAGUGUCGUCAGCGGAUUGCCGACGUCUACUGCCGCCACAAGGACAACGUCCUCAUGCCGACUAAACUACCCACCUACUGCCCCCUGCAGGGAAAAGUGAGCGUGAACAUCCAAUGGGACGAGGAGGACGCGUCGGAGCGUGCAACGUCGUCGCCGGUGCGUCUGGCCUUCGUGCUGGUGGUGCACGGGCGUGCCUCACGCCAAUUCCACCGCCUCUUUAAGGCCAUCUACCACACGGCGCACUUCUAUUACAUCCACGUGGACCAGAGGUCGGACUUCCUUCACCGCGAGGUGACUCUGCUGGCCGGCCAGUACGCCAACGUACGCGUGACGCCGUGGAGGAUGGCCACCAUCUGGGGCGGCGCCAGCUUGCUGGCCAUGUACCUGCGCGCCAUGGAGGACCUCCUGGACAUGCACGAUUGGUCCUGGGACUUCUUCGUCAACCUCAGCGCCGCUGACUACCCAGUCAGGACCAACGAUCAGCUGGUGUCCUUCUUGUCCAAAUAUCGCCACCUCAACUUUAUCAAGUCUCACGGACGAGACAACACCCGUUUUAUCCGCAAGCAGGGCCUGGACCGCCUCUUCCUAGAGUGCGAUACGCACAUGUGGCGUCUCGGGGACCGUAAAAUCCCGGAAGGCAUCGCCGUGGACGGCGGCUCCGACUGGUUCCUGCUCAACCGAGCCUUCGUGGAGUACGUGGUCCGAUCCACCGAUGAGCUGGUUGCCGGCUUGAAGCGGUUCUACGCCUUCACGCUUCUUCCUGCCGAGUCGUUCUUCCACACGGUGCUGGAGAACAGUGCCCUCUGUGGCAGCAUGGUGGACAACAACCUGAGGCUGACCAACUGGAACCGCAAGCUGGGCUGCAAAUGUCAGUACAAGCACAUCGUGGAUUGGUGCGGCUGCUCGCCCAACGACUUCAAGCCCGCCGACAUGCCGCGCUUCUUGCAAACGUCGCGCCCCACCUUCUUUGCCAGGAAGUUCGAAGCCAGCGUCAGCCAGGAAAUAAUCAACCAACUGGACGCGCACUUGUUUGGGGCUCCGGCACCGGGCCUGCCGGGCCUGAGCGCGUACUGGGAGAACGUCUACGAGCGGGAGACGGACGGCGCAGACGGCUUGACGGACGCCGCGCUCAGCCACCACCACGCCUUUGCUCGCUUGGGCCUGGAGCGUGUGGCCGCCGCCGCCUCGCUGCGGGGUCGCGCUGCCCACGACACCUGCAGGUACGAGGCAACAGGCCACCCCACGUCCGUGCACAUGUACUUUGUGUCGGACCAGUUCCAGGGCUACCUGGUGCGCCACACGGCGCUCAACCGAGCCUCUGCUCAGACGGAGACUCUGGAGACCUGGGUGACUCCCCGGGAACUUUUUAGCUUCGGCGGACCCCCCAACCCUGUCAACAGGCUGCAGCACUUACAGGUGGGGGCAGACUGGGACGCCAAGGAGCGCAUGUUCCGCCGGCGCGGCGGGCCGCUGGGGCCCGAAGACGAGGUGUCGGCGGCGCAGCGAUGGAGUCGUGCUGCGAAUAACCUAACGGCGACAGUGGUGUGGAUCGACCCCACCAACGUGAUCGCCGCCACCUACGAUAUCCACGUGGACGCCAACGCAGACGUCACUCACUACCGCCCUCCGUUGGCGGCGCCGCUUCGCCCCGGCGUCUGGACCCUUAGGAUCCUCAACCGCUGGAGUCCGCUGGGACAGACACGCUUUCUCAUUGCUCCGUUGCAGUUUCGCCGGCGGCGGCCCAUCACACAAGAGGAGGCACGCGUGGCCCACGGCGGCCCGUCAGGUCGGACAUACAUGGAGCAGAGCUUCCACGGGCUGAACCCGGUGCUGCGCCUGCCGCUCAGCUUGAACGCGGUGGAGGAAGCGGAGGCCAACGCCGGUCUGACGGGAGAGCCGCUGCGCCGCUGGAUGGACCACCUGCUGGCUGGUUUCUGGACGGCAGCCGGUGUGUGCUCUGCUGGCCCCGCCCCCUCCGCAUGCCAUGUCCUGCCGCUCUGCCGCCGUACCGCCUGGAGCUCGGACAGCCCUGACCCCAAAUCCCAAGUGGGGCCGGCCGGGGUCGACGGCCGCAUCAGGUAACCUCGGAACCUGGCACGGCGCCACUUUUGUUUUAAAGGUCCGCGCGCCUUCAUCCUGCCACCUAAGCGCCGACAAGUUCAAUAGUACAAGAACAUUUUGCAUUUCAAUGAUGUGGGAGGCAUUUUCCUCCCACUCAAAUUGAUCAUCUUUAUUUAUUUGGGAAAUCAUUUUUAUUAUAUAUGAUACCAAAAUGUUAAUUAAAAUGCAUUUAUUCAUUUUAUAUUCUUUUUAUCUCAUUAAAUAGGUGGUUUAUUCUCAUAAUAUGUUUUUAUAUAAUAGUUCAUUCCUAAAUGAACUGGUUUAUUAUAAUACAUCAAAUGUGGAGAUUCAGAUCAUGAUUGCAAAUUUAAUGAGUAGUUUUUAGUUUAAAAAAUGAAAGCACAAGAUUUUCUUGUCCCGUUUGGCUGUUUUCCUCAUGUCAUAAAAGAGCAAAACGGCCCUAUGACUUUUGUUCACUUCCUGCUUGUUUCACAGAAAGUGAUGUCACGACAUCAUUGUACACGAAAAAAAUGGAUGUGGUGUGCAUGUGAGUGUGUGUAAAGUCCGGGCACUUUCCAGUGUUGGGCCCCCAAGGGGCAGCCGGUGCCUAGGUUGACACGAGAGACAAAUGACAAAACAGCAAAUAUUUAUUUAUUUUGUUUUCUUUUCUGUUGGAAUGUGUUGACAACAUAUUUAUUGUCUGUUACCAUGGCGAUAGAAGAGCACUGGAUACAACGUGCCUCAGAGUCCUUUGUGAGACUCACGAUUAAAAACGACAAGCCAAAAGUUGAAUGUGGUGAAUGAAAGCUGAACACUGUGAGAUUUCAAAGCUGCCUCACAUUUUGGACUUUAUUUAAGAUGAGAAAUUAAUAUAAAUGAAUGUCUAUUUAAGUUUGUUGCUCAUUUGUUAUGAACUGAAAAGACUUUUUGUCGCUGCUCUUUGUCGUGCCUUUUGUGUUCCACAU